AUGAACAUUGAAACAUUAGAAGAAUUUGAUCCAUCAGUUCCAACAAUAUUACCUCAUGAAAAGGUUUAUUCAAUUCAAGUUGGUUAUAAAUUAUUUAAAUUAAGUGGAUUAUCAUUAUCGUCAGAUGCACCAUCUUAUUUUACUAAAUAUUUUAAUGAACCUGAUAAUGAACAUAAAGUUUUAUUCUUUGAUAGAAAUCCAACAAUAUUUGAAAAGAUCUAUAAUCAUUUACAAGGAUAUUCAAUUGAUGUUAAAGAUGAUUAUGAAUUUGUUCAUCUUUGGUCUGAUUGUUUUUAUUUUGGAUUAAAUAGAUUACAAAAGAUCUUAACUGAACAAGAUAUUUUUGCAAACAUUGGAGGAGUUUCAUUUAAAAUACCUCAAAGUUUAUUUAUAAAUACUGGUAAUCACCCAAAUUAUUUCUCCAUGAAUAAUGAACGGUCGUUAUUAGAUAAUUUUCAAAUAAUUGAACAGAAAAAUAUGCUACGUCCACCUCCUCAGAAACCAAGUAGUGUGCCAAAUAGGUCACCUCAAUUGUUUGCCGACUUACUUGAAUUACUUCGAGGAAAUCAUUUAAUUAUAAAGAAUGAUCAACAUCGUCAAUUAUUAAUCAAAGAAUGUAGAUAUUAUCGGUUUAUGGAAUUAGAACAAAGAAUAUUGAACCAUCGUAUAGAAAUAAGUUCAAAGGGAUGCCCACAAAUUAUUAUGAAUCUUAAUGAUUUAACAAGAAAGGGUGUAAGUAAUUUAUCUAAAGAUAGGAAUAUUGAAUUACCGAUUAGAUAUACUCGUCCUUAUAUAACAAAAGAAAUAACUAGAAAUUUAGUUUUCCAAAUUGAUUUUGAAGAUGAUCAAAAGAAUUCUCAAGUUAAAUUGAUUCUUAAUAAAUCUACAAAGCUUGCGCUUGUUAAAAUUACAAAUAAAUUUUGUAAUAAAAUAAAGCAAGUAUUUAAAGAUUUUUUAGAUGGGGCAAUUAUUGAUGAUACAGAUAAAGAUAAUCCAAGUGUAAGCUUUUUUGUCGGCUUUAGUGAAUCUAAAUGUACAAUUAAUGGAAUGGAAAUGAAACCAAAUUGGGUUGACACUAUAUUGGAUAUCAAGGAACCAGAAGAGAAUCCAGACUUAGAACCUCUAUCUAAAAAGAGGAAAACUACAGUUGAAUCUUUGACUGGAGAUAUGGUGGAAAUUCUUCUAACCAGAUCAAUGUGGAGACUUAUGAUGAGAGGAAAUUUGUGUAGAUUACACGCAGUGACUAUAGAAGGAUACAGUGAUUAUUCUAAAGUACCCAAAACAGGAUUUUUGUAA